UCUUCCCCCCGCCGGUUACGGCAACUCUGUGGGGCCAAUCGGGGUCGGUUUUUUUUUUUGUUUCGUUUCGUUGCUUCUGUUCCAGGGCUGUGUAGGCGAGGGGCUGCUUGGAUGCCCUUUGGCUAACGGCCCCUGAGAGAGAGAGAGAGAGAGAGAGGUACCGAGACCAAAGCGGUCGGAGUGGAUACCCGGGACCCAAGAAGCCGCCUCCCCGUUGGCCUCAGGCUCGAAAGCAGUUGUCAUGCUGUCUUAUGUACAAAAGUUCCACUGUUUAGGGAUACUGUUACGUAAAGUGAACAGUGCUGCAGUGUAGUGAUAUUAAAACGUUGCAAGCAAACAACAAAAUGAGCAAGCGAUCAAGCAGUGACAUUCCUGUAGGAAGGAUGAGCACGACAGCAUUCCCAUCUCCGGCUGCCGAAAUGGCAGAAAUGAAUCGAAUUCAAUAUGAAAUGGAGUAUACUGAAGGGAUCAAUCAGAGAAUGAGAGUUCCGGAAAAACUCAAGGUUGCUCCACCAAAUGCUGACCUUGAACACAGUGCUCAUGAAGGGGGGAUUCCAAAUGCCAGUGUAACAAUGCAAGUUCCAGAGCGGAUUGUAGUGGCAGGUAAUAGUGAAGACAUUCCACUCUCCAGGCCGCCAGAUCUAGAUCUUCUCCAGUCAACUCCAUUCAAGUCUCUGUCACUGAAAACACCUCCCCGUGUUAUUUCACUCAGUGAACGACCACUAGAUUUCCUGGACUUAGAGCGAGCCCCUACUCAGACUCCUCAAAAUGAAGAGGUUCGCUCAGUUGGGAGACUGAAAAGAGAACGCUCCAUGAGUGAAAACGCAAAUCGUCAAAAUGGUCAAUUGAUGAGAAAUGAGUCAAUGUGGCACAGUCUUGAAACUGUCCUGAGAGUUAAAAUGCCAAGGUACCAGUCACCCUUCACAGCUAAAGAUGAAACUGUGACACCAUCACCUCAACAGGUUCGUGUCUGUCCACCCCAAAUGUUCUCUGAAGAUGGAUCUAAUCUUUACUCUGCUCGGGGCAUAUUGUCGCUUAUCCAGUCUUCUACCCGUAGGGCUUACCAGCAAGUCUUGGAUGUGCUGGAUGAAAAUCGCAGGCCAGUGUUACGUGGUGGGUCUGCUGCUGCCACUUCCUCUAAUCCUCAUCAUGACGCCAGAUAUACCCUUUCAAAUAUGGAUACAACAUUUGAGGGAACACCAGAAGAUGUCACUGUUGUGGAUGCUGUUUCUUUAAGACGACAGAUAAUUAAACUUAAUCGUCGUCUACAACUUCUGGAAGAAGAAAACAAAGAGCGUGCUAAACGAGAAAUGAUCAUGUACUCCAUUACUGUAGCUUUCUGGCUACUAAAUAGUUGGCUUUGGUUUCGGCGCUAGAAAUGGUCACAGUACUUCAGAAGAUUUGUCAGUGGAGAAACAUAUAGAGAAUUUGCAAAGUCCUUUGUUUCAUUCUCUGAAUUGUAUGGUGAUUUAGGAUCCAUGCACUGGAUAUUUCUGACACAGUAAACAGCUGUAACAUAACUUUACAAUGUUAAAGGGAUGCCUGGAUGAUUGUGUAUAUAUUUUCAGAAUUGUUGUAUCAUCCUAUUAUCUUCCUUUUGCAUGACAUGUACAUUUGCAUUGAAUUAUUUUGCAAAGGGAAUUGCCUCCAGAUAACAAAGGUAUACUGCAGACAGUUCUCUCUUGUGUAGAAAGAAACAACUGGGUUUUGGAAUUACCUGCAAAAUGGCCUAACUUAUGGUUUCUCAUUGUUAUUCCAUAAUUAAAUGUAGCACCUUUAUAGUUCACCUUAUUGCACUUGUUUUAUUUUAGCCAAAUUUCAGGUAGUAGAGCAGCAGAUUAAAAAGCAUCCUGAGUAUCUCUCAUUCAAGCACAUGUACAUAUUGACUAAAAUACAUUCUUUGCUAAAAUAAGUCAGCAGAUUAUCCAGAGGUGUGUGUAAGAUGUAUUUGAGCUUUAAUUUUGCAAUGUUUUUUCUAAAAAAAGAAGAAGAUGGUUUUUAAGCAAAUCUGUCCAUGAGUGAUCUUAAGAUUAUGGAACAAAGUACCAAUGUAAUGUAUUUAAUAAAAGUCAGCCCAAAGCAGUA